AUGACUUUCUUUUGCUUUCUUUCUUUGUUUAUUUCAUUCAUUUCUUUUUCUCUUUCUUUCUUUCUUUCUUUCUUCCUUUUUCUUUCCUUUACUUCUUUUUUGACUUUCAUUCAUUCUUUCUGUCUUGUUUAUUUUUCUUUCUUUCUUUCCUUUUCUUUGUCUUUUCUUUUUUCUUUCUUUCUUUUUUCUUUCUUCUUUUCUUCUUUUUCUUUCUUUUUCCUUUCUUUUACUUUCCUUGCUACUUUUCUUUUUUUAUUUCAUUUUCUUUCUUUCUUUCUUUCUUUCUUUCUUUUUCCUUUCUUUUUUCUUUCCUUCUACUUCUUUCUUUGUUUAUUUCUUUCAUUCUUUCAGUCUUUCUUUCUUUUUCUUUUUUAUUUUCUUUAUUCUUUCCUUGCUACUUCUUUCUUUUGUUUAUUUCAUUUUCUUUCUUUCUUUCUUUCUUUCUUUCCUUUCUUUAUUUCUUUCUUCCUUUCUUUGCUGACUUUCCUAGCUACUUCUUUCUUUGUUUAUUUCAUUCAUUUUUUCUUCUUUCUUUCUUUCUUUCUUUCUUUCUUUCUUCUUUCUUCCUUUCUUUUCUUUCCUUGCUACUUCUUUUUUUUUUUAUUUGAUUUCAUUCUUUUCUGUCUUUCUUUCUUUCUUUUUUCUUUCUUUUUCUUUCCUUUCUUCUUUUUUUGUUUAUUUCAUUCAUUCUUUCUGUCUUUCUGUCUUUCUUUCUUUCUUUCUUCCUUUCUUUAUGACUUUCCUUGCUACUUCUUUCUUUGUUUAUUUCAUUCAUUCUUUCUUUCUUUCUUUCUUUCUUUUUUUCUUUCUUUCUUUCUUCCUUUCUUCCUUUCUUUAUGA